UCGGGUUCGGUCUCCCCACCUUGUUUAACUUCAUAAUAACUAUCAUUAAAUGUAAGUAUCAGUUUUGCGCCUUUCUACGGUCCAAUUAUCAAGCUAUAUUGUAUUACGUUAUAACCUAUCGCCAGAGUUAUCGCAUUCGAAUUAUAUCCCCGGAGUACAUAAGGCUACUGUAGUACACCAUGGCCAAUAUCAGCAUCAGGAUAGUAUCGGAUACCGUCUGCCCAUGGUGUUACAUUGGUAAAAAGCGCCUGGACCGAGCUAUCGACCUAUACCGCAAGACGUAUCCCGACGGCAAGAAUGAUACUUUCACAGUCUCCUGGUCCCCGUUCUAUCUGGAUCCGACUUCGCCUAAGAAGGGUAUUCCGCUUGUUGAGCGCAUGGCCCAGCGCUUCGGGCCAGACAAAUUAGAAGCCAUGCAAAGGCGCCUGGGACUGAUAGGACGCGAGGAGGGCAUCAACUUUAGUUUUAAGAGCAAGAUUGGUAACACACGGGACUCGCAUCGUCUGAUCCAGUUCGGCAAGACGAAAGGUAAUGACGCUGAGAACCGCGUCGUGCUGGAGCUAUUCAAGUCAUAUUUUGAGGGUGAGGGGGACAUAACGUCGCAUGAUACGCUGAUCGAUGCGGCUGAGAAGGCCGGUUUGGACAAGGCAGAGGUGAAAGACUGGCUUGAAACGGGCAAGGGCGGCAAAGAAGUCGACGAGGAGGUUCAGGAGGCAUAUGCGAAGGAUAUACAUGGCGUACCACAUUUUAUAAUUCAAGGUAAGUACGAGGUUGGCGGAGCAGAAGAUCCCCAGACUUUCUUGGAAGCGUUCGCAAAAGCGAAGGAGGGUCUUUGAAAACGGCGUGGGGCCUGUUUGUCGAGCUUGUCGAGCUUGUCGUAGGGAUUGGUAGAU